AUGAAGUUCAUCCAGGUCCUCGUCAUUGCCGCCCUCGCUGUCGCCGCUGUGAACGGCCAGUCCGCCGCCAAUACGGUCCCGACGGCCCCCACGACGGCUGCUGCUACCGGCUCGACUGCUGCUGGUGCUGCCACUGCUGCUUCGAGCACCGGUGCCACUGCCACUGUGGGCGCCGGCAGCGCUGCGGUUGACUCGACGACCGUCGGCUCCUCGAGUAGCGACGCUGCGGUGGAUGCCGGCGACUCGACCACGACCACGACCGACUCGUCGUCCACCACGGCGUCUUCGUCGACCGCGGACUCGACCAGCCCCACGGCAUCUUCGACCACUUCGGGUUCGACGGCCGCGUCAGGAUCGAGCGGUGCGUCGCAGGUCACGGGCGCUAUGGGUGCUGUUGCCGCCACCGUCAUGGCUGUCGGCGCCUACUUCCUGUAA